CGUCAAUCACUUGCGCUAGUCGAGAAAAAAAAGACUGCGUUGGGUUUGCGAUUUGACAGAAACUGAGUCGUGAUCAUCCGGUCGAGCCGUGGGUGGAUAGCCGUCCAUAUUUACCUUCGCUGAGAUUAUUGUCGUGCCAGCUUGCUGAGGGGCUACGUGGACGAGUGUUGUUCGCCGCUUUGGGGGUAACGUCUCUCGCUUGUUUUUCGACGUGUGUGUGUGUUACCCAGAAGCGGCCCGGACAGUGGGGGUAUCCCCUGAUUGUUUGGCCGAACAACAACCGAACGUCGUUUUCCAUGGCUAACGAGCGAAUAAGCUAACCGCAGCACGGCGUAACGGGUGGGGGUGGAUGUCUGUAGGUCGGCCCUUAGGAAGCGAAUAUAAAUAACGUCUCAGCAGUGUGUUGUGGAACAAUGACCGGCACAGGAAGCAGAUCUAAUGGAGACGAGCUUCUCGGAGGGUAAGACAUGUCAGUGGGUGGGUAUCGGCUGAACGAUCAAUAAAGAGGUGUAAAGUAACGUUAGUUAGCUAGCUAGUCGGUUAGCUGAAUUAAUCAAGGAAGUUGAUUAGCCUUGCUAUCUUGGAGACAAAUGCACUACUGGACCAAGGGUCGUCUCAGACGUUUGAGUUAUUAAUUUAUUUAGAGAUUCACACAACUGGCUGGUGAUGCCAAUUUUUAAAGCUGUAGUUUAGAAAGACAAUUUGCCGUGGGCUUUUAACCAAAACGGUAGCUAACGUUAGUGAGUUGGCGCUUGUAAACAAAGGGUCCCGAGAUCCACCUGGCCACAGCAACGUUACACCUCGGGUAAUCGUUGACCGAUUGUUUCACGGACAUCGUUGCCGUUUUAUUUAACAGUGAAACUAACGCUCAGAGAUGGAUUUAAAGACCGCAGUAUUUAACGCAGCCAGGGACGGUAAGCUCCGGCUGCUACAGAAACUGUUGGAGAACAAAGAUGGACACGAGGUGACCAAGUUGAUGGGCGAGAAGACAAACGGGGCCACCCCACUCCUGAUGGCCUCCCGGUACGGCCACCUGGACCUAGUGGAGUAUCUGCUGGAGUGCUGCAGCGCGCCUGUUGAGGCCGGGGGCUCGGUGAACUUUGACGGGGAGACCAUCGAGGGAGCGCCCCCUCUCUGGGCAGCCUCGGCGGCGGGUCACCUGAAGGUGGUGCAGUCCCUGCUGGGUCACGGAGCUUCUGUCAACAGCACGACCCUGACCAACUCGACACCCCUAAGGGCAGCCUGCUUUGACGGCCACCUGGACAUUGUGAAAUACCUGGUGGAGCACAAAGCUGACCUGGAGGUUGCCAACAGACACGGCCACACGUGUCUCAUGAUUUCCUGCUACAAAGGACACAAGGAGAUUGCACAGUACCUACUGGAGAGAGGUGCAGAUGUCAACAGGAAAAGUGUAAAAGGCAACACGGCACUUCAUGACUGUGCAGAGUCGGGCAGUCUGGAGAUCAUGCGAAUGUUACUGCAGUUUGGAGCAUCCAUGGAGCAAGAUGGCUACGGCAUGACCCCCCUGCUCUCUGCCAGCGUCACAGGCCACACUAACAUCGUAGACGACCUGACGAUGCACCAGCAGACAAGCCACACAGAGCGCAUUGAUGCCCUGGAGCUUCUGGGAGCCACAUUUGUUGACAAGAAGAGAGAUCUGCUCGGAGCUUUAAAAUACUGGAAGAGAGCCAUGGACCUCAGGUACAUGGACGGUAACAACAUCGUCCAUAAACCAGAAUCCAAGCAGCUGAUCAUGGCAUAUGACUACGCCAGGGAAGUAACAAACGGAGAAGAGCUGGAUGGGCUGAUAUCUGACCCGGACGAAAUGCGGAUGCAGGCACUGCUCAUCCGUGAAAGAAUCCUCGGCCCACAACAUCCAGACACGUCUUAUUACAUCCGUUACAGAGGUGCUGUCUACGCUGACUCUGGGAACUUUGAGCGCUGUAUCAAUCUGUGGAAGUAUGCAUUGGACAUGCAACAGAGCAACCUGGACCCCCUCAGCCCUAUGACGGCCUCCAGCCUGCUGUCUUUCGCUGAGCUCUUCUCUUUCAUGCUGCAGGACCGAGCCAAAGGGCUCCUGGGAACAUCGGUGUCAUUUGAGGACUUGAUGGGGAUCCUUUCCAAGAGUGUGUUGGAGAUAGAGCGGGCAGUUAAACAAAAUGGACCGAUGCCUCCUGACCCUGCCCAGCUCAGCAAGGCCCUGUCAAUCAUCCUGCACCUCAUUUGUCUUUUAGAGAAGGUGCCCUGUACUGCAGAGCAGGACCACUUCAAGAAGGAAACCAUCUAUAAAUUCCUGAAGCUCCAGCCGUGUGGUAAGAACGGCUACAGUCCACUACACCUGGCAGUCGACCGCAACACCACCUGUGUGGGCCGCUAUCCCGUGUGCAAGUUCCCCUCCCUCACAGUCGCCUCCAUCCUUCUUGAGUGUGGGGCAGAUGUGAACAGCCGCGAUGAAGAUGACAACAGCCCCCUUCACAUAGCUGCAUCCAAUGGUCACCCUGACAUCAUGAACCUCCUGAUAUCAUGCGGGACUCACUUUGACAGCACCAAUGCCUUCCAACAAACAGCCUGCGACCUCCUGGAUGAGAAGGAGCUGCCCAGGAAUAUAAUCCAGCCCAUAAACCACACCACGCUGCAGUGCCUGGCCGCCAGGGCCAUUGUCAAGCACAGCCUCGUUUACCGGGGAAACAUCCCUGAGAAACUAGAGGCCUUCGUCUUGCUCCACAGAUAAUGAUCGUGAGUAGGGGGGGAAUGAAUGGAUGGAUGGAUGGAUGGAUGGAUAGAAAGAGGAGGGGGAUUGAUCACACCAAGUGGACUGGACAGACUGAGGACCAUUAUAGUUCAGGGCCUGACCCACAAGGUGUUUGAGGACCUUAAAGACACUAUUUUGUGGGUUAGGUUUGCAAAUUCAAACUAUUUUUGGAGAGUAUAAACUUGAAGAUUUGUGUGAACAAAAAUGUCCUCAUUCAACCAGGAGAAACUGAAAAAUGAUCGGGGUAAAUUGGAGAAAUGAGUUACCAUUUUAUUCUUUCGGUUUGCUGUUUCAUGAAGCCACAGCACUGACUGGUCACAGCUUGAUCCGUGGGGAUGAAUUACGAGUGGAUUGCAACAUGGACAAACCCAUCUCUGGAUGAACUCAACAAGAGGUUUACGUUUUUUUUGGGGGUUGUGCUUU